GGUGCCGUCUGGCCUGUUUGUGUUGCAGAAGGCGUGCUGCGUCUGCGCUGUGAGAAAAAAUUCGUCUGCAGUGUGUGUGCCGUAAGGUGCGUGAGAAAGACACGGAUCGUCGUCGGGCUCCGGCUUCUAACAUGACCGCGGACGGUUAGCGUGGCUUCUUCUAUAAAACACCAGGAGUUUCUUCUCCCAAGACCAUGGCUUUAAAGUUGCAUCUGCACUCCGUGAGUGGCUUCAAAGGCCGCGGUGACCGUCUGGCCAAGGCAACAUUCCGAGGUGUCUCUCACCAUACAAAAGUCUGUGAUCACCUGGAAGAUGAUGCUGUCUUCAAUGACGAGUUCGAGUGGCCGGUGGGCAGGCCUGUGGAGAAGUACGAGGUCCUGGAAAUUCAUGUGCUCCAACACAACCGGUACUUCACCAACAAGGUCCUCGGACGCUAUGGCAUGGUGUUGCAACGAGUGGCCGAGGAAGGGUACGCAUCCGUCGAGGACGCCGUCGUGGAUGACAACAACAAGCCGGUGGCCAACGCAAAGAUUGUUAUGGAGGUCAGCUACACGGCACCCGACGGCUCGGUGGGCGCCUGGCACGCCCCGGGCCUGCCCACCAACCUGGGAAGUUUCGACGACGACCGGCAGGCGCUGCUCGACAUCGAGCAGAACAUCGCCAACCUGCAGCGCACGUACGCCGCGGCGGCCGCGUCUCAAACUACGCCGGGAGGUGGUGGACCGGCGAUGGCGGGCGCGGACGGUGGUUCUUCGAUGGCGCUGUUGCAGUCUUCGUCACAGCAGCAACAGCCGCCAAGCUACGGAACCAGUGACGGAGGAGGUGGAGGCGGCUUCUCUGAUGACGAGACACGCAGCAAGCAGGGUUCCGUCAUCAGCUUGUUCGCGCCAACCUCCAACAAGUCGCCUGACCGAAAGCGCUCCUUGCCCGCAGCUAUGAAGACCUUGGCCGUGGCGCUAAAGAUCUCAAAGCAGCGUCCAGCCGGUGACGCCGAGGAGAGGCUCAAGCUAAAGGACGCGGAAGACAUCGCGCAAUACGGAUCGACGCAGUCCUUGCAGCGGCGGCUAAGCGACCAGACGCUGUACCUGCUCUCGGGAGGCGAUGUCGCCGAGAGCACCAUGUUUUCCGACGAGCCGUUCGCCAUGGACACGGCGCCGUACUCCAUCACAACUCCCGUGGUCAUCACGAGGCCCAAGUUAAGGCAAGACAUUACAGCGACAUCGGCCCUGAAAGCACAGGACUUCCAGGUCUGCGUGACAAUAAUUGAAGGUCGACAUCUUGCCGGUCUCAACAUGGAUCCAGUUAUAUGUGUGCAAGUUGGCGACCAGAAGAAGUAUACUUCAGUUAAGGAAUCAACAAACUGUCCUUACUACAACGAGUACUUUGUCUUCGAUUUUCACAUGGCGCCGUCAAUGUUGUUCGACAAGAUCGUCACGCUAACGGCUUUACACAACCGGAACAUAAUACGUUCGGGAAAAGUGAUCGGCAGCUUCAAACUCGAUGUUGGAACCGUCUUCAACCAGCCGGAGCACCAGUUCUAUCACAAGUGGGCCGUCCUUACGGACCCAGAUGACAUGACGGCUGGUCCCAAGGGCUACAUCAAGUGUGACAUAUCGGUCGUCGGCAAAGGAGACACAAUAAAACCAGCACCGAAGAAGGAAACAGAUGAUGACGACAUAGAAGGCAACCUACUCCUGCCGGACGGUGUUCCAGCCGAACGCCAGCACGCCCGCUUCAUCGUUCGCGUGUACCGUGCCGACGGCCUGCCCCGGGUCAACUCGGGUCUCGUCGCCAACGUCAAGAGGGCUUUCUCGGGCGAGACCCGGGAGCUCAUCGACCCCUACGUGCAAGUGUCAUUUGCCGGACUCACUGGGCGAACAACAGUGAAGAAAUCGUGUUGCUCUCCCGUGUGGAACGAGCAGCUCGCGUUUACGGAGAUGUUCCCGCCGUUGUGCCAACGAAUCAAGAUCCAGCUGAGAGACAACGACGCUGUGAAUGACACCGUGGUCGCCACGCACUUCCUCGAGAUGUCCAAGAUUGCCAACGAAGGCGAUAAAGGCUUUCUUCCGACGUUCGGCCCGUCCUUCAUCUACCUGUACGGCUCCACGCGCGAGAAGUCUCUCUUCGAGGAGCGCGCCCUGAACGAUGGCCUCGGCGAAGGCGUCAUGUACCGGGGACGACUCCUGAUCGCCGUGCGCACAGAAAUCUUCGACGCGCUCGACAUGACGCAAUCUAGUGUCGAGCUAGAACCCACACCGACCGUCAACGAGGCCUCCUACGCAAAGAACGAGAAUUUCCUCCUUUUCGGUGCUAUUCUAGAAGCCUCCAUGAUCGACAGAAAAGUUGGCGAGAAGCCAAUAUACUUUGAGCUCAGCAUAGGCAAUUCGGGCAACACCCUGGACGGCGCGAGCAAGUGGAAGGACGACUCACUCGAGUCUGCCAGCGGCGGCGGUGAUGACGAGAGGGACCGCACUGCUCGAGUCCGUGGUCGUCGAGCCGGUCUUCUCGCACUCCACCAGCCACCCGGUCAAGCCCGUCACCUCGGACAGGAUACCAGGUGUUACUACCACCUGCCCUACGGAGACAACAAGCCCUGUCUGUGGGUUAAGAGCACGUGGCAAGACUAUCGAAGACGGCUCUACAACUCCAACAUGAUCCUGAGGGUGAAAGAGAAGCUGGAAGCGGGUCUCGCGGACAUUCAAGAAAUGAUACGUCUCGAAAAAUCUCACACCGACCGACGUUUGAGAGGUGUCCUUGAAGAACUGUACACCGGAGCCGAGCGCUAUCUCAACCAAGCAAAGAGUCAAGGGCCCACUGGCAAAACCAGACUGGACAAGGAGCGCCUCAGACACUGCCAGCGCGAAAUGGAUCACGUACGAAGUAUGGCAAGGACUAUGAAAGCGCUCGUCACGAAGAACUCGUUUAAAGAAAAACUCAGGAGCACCUAUGGUCUCUUGCAGAAGAUGGGCGAACUCGUCGAGGACCCUCAACAUUCCCUGCCUGAUGUUUUCGUGUGGAUGAUAAGCGGUGGCAAACGGGUCGCAUACCACCGCAUACCUGCGAGAGAUCUUAUCUACUCAAUCAUAGAGGAGGAGACCGGCAAGUUCUGUGGCAGGGUCCAGACGCUUUUCCUCAAGCCUGGCAAGAAAGUCAGCCAGAGUGCUCGCUGGAUGGUGCAAGCUAAGCUUCGCAUGCAUCUCUGGCUGGGCACCACCAAGAACAAGCACUGCGUGCUCAAGGGAUUGCCCGAGGGCUACGUCAAGGACGUCGAGGACAUUGACAAGGGACCACCAUCGCAACUUCAUUACACGGAAAAGUCCACCUUCGAACUUCGGGCGCACAUGUACCAGGCACGGUCCCUCAUCGGAUCAGACUCGUCCGGACUCUCCGAUCCUUUCGCGAGAGUCGUAUUUGGGGACCAGAGCCAGACGACCAUGGUGAUCGACGAGACACUGAGCCCCACCUGGGAUGAGAUGCUGCUUUUCCCCAGUGUGACGGUGUACGGCAGGAAAGAAGACAUCAAGGAGGACCCUCCCGUCGUUGUCAUCGAGAUCUUCGAUCAGGACAAAGUGGGAAAGUCUGAAUUCAUCGGUAGGACGAUAGCCAGACCUCACGUGAAGUUCGAAGACGACGUCAGCUGCCAGCCGCCAUCGCUGGAGUGGCACGACCUGUACCGGGGAACCGAGCCGGCGGGAGAGCUGCUCGCCACUUUCGAGCUGCUGCGGUUCUCACUUCAAGAAGAAAAGUACGACAUGCCGGAACUUCCAAUGCCAAAAGAGAACGUGUCCCGGUCCAGCGAACGAGGCCCUGUCUACCCUGUACCGAAAGGGAUACGACCAACUUUGUCCACAUAUAGGAUAGAGGUGCUGUUCUGGGGCCUGCGCGAGUUGAAGCGCAUUCACCUGAUGAGCGUGGACCACCCUCGAGUGGACGUCGAGUGCGGUGGUCACGUGCUGCAGUCGUCCGUCAUCCUCAACUGCAAGAAGAACCCAAACUUCUCCACGCCCGUCAAGUUCCUGGACGUGGCGCUGCCGGACCAAGAGACGUACUGCCCGCCGCUGACGAUCCGAGUCAUCGACUGUCGCAGCUUCGGGCGCUUCACCCUGGUGGGCACGCACGUGGUCAACUCCCUGCACAAGUUCCUCUUCCGGCCCCAGUCGCGAUCCUCUUCCAGGGACCACCGCAACCGAAGCGCCUCGCAGACCUCCUCUUCGCUGCACAUCGAUGAAGGUGUCUUGGUAGACGUCGAAGCUGACUCCAAUAUAUUGUCAACAAAGGAAACGCUCAUUACGCUGGACUACGGCUUCAGGAGCAAGAAGGAGAUCAAAAGCGAGGCCAACAAAAGGAAGAAGAAGAUGGCGACCGAGGACCCCGGACAUGACGAGGAGAACCGGGACUGGUGGAGCCGCUACUUCGCCUCCGUCGAGCAGGCCGCCAAGGAAUCGAGCGAUAAUCACGGAGUGCCCGGUAACAACUUGAGGGCUGGCGACGACAACUACGACAUGUCCAGCGACGGAGAGAGCCAGCUCAGUGCCAAAGACAUGCGCAAGAUGGAGAAGGAGCUGGAGCGGCUCGAAUGCAGCCACCAGAAAGACGGGCCGGAAAACAAGAAGAAAAGAACGUUCAAGGGCGCUUCGAGCGCCGUCCGCUUUGCCCAGCGGCUGUCGCCCAAGACGCAGAGGGGACGCAUACCACAGGACGGACUGAUCAAGAUAUACCCUACAGAACUCGAGAACGUUCCCGAAUUCAAUGGCUUCCGCGAGUGGCUGCACACGUUCGAAUUGUACCGUGGCAAACGAAGUGGAGAUGACCUGGACGACCAGAACAGGGUGGUCGGCCUCUUCAAGGGCUCCCUGCAAGUCUACAGGUUCCCACUGCCCAAGGACAUCCAGGAUUACACGAUAACCGGCGCCGAUCCAACGUACGGGCUUUUCCAGGGACUGCCAAGUAACGAUCCUAUACACGUGCUCAUCAGGGUAUACGUCGUCAAGGCGACAGAUCUUCAUCCGGCGGACAUGAACGGCAAAGCAGAUCCCUACAUUGUCAUAAACCUGGGAAGCAAGAGGAACAGCGAUAAGGAAAACUACGUGUCAAAGCAACUCAAUCCAGUGUUCGGAAAGUGCUUCGAGAUGGAGGCCACCUUCCCGCAGGACUCACUACUGAACGUGCAGAUCUACGACUGGGACUUGCUGGGCAGCGACGACCUCAUCGGCGAGACGAAGAUCGACCUCGAGAACCGUUUCUACAGCCGCCACAGGGCCACCUGCGGGAUACCGCGCAGAUACGAGACGUACGGCCCGAACCAGUGGCGAGACCCCCUGAGGCCCAGCCAGGUGCUGGCCAAACUUUGCCGAGACACCAAGUUGGACGGUCCGCACUUCACCCCGAACCGCGUCAAAGUGGGAACCAAGACGUUCGUCUUUCGCUCGGACUACGAGGACGAAGGCGGAAAGCUGACGGACGAGCACCAAAGCCUGGCGGUCCUCAACCGCUGGGAAGAAGUCCCCAAAGUGGGCUGUCCCCUUGUACCGGAACACGUGGAGACCAGGGCACUCUACCAUCCGGACAAGCCUGGCAUCGAGCAGGGAAAGCUGGAAAUGUGGGUGGACAUGUUCCCCAUGGACAUGCCGCUUCCGGGCCCACACGUGGACAUUUCGCCGAGGAAGCCCAAAAGCUACGAAUUGCGCAUCAUCAUCUGGAACACAGACGACGUGGUACUCGAAGAUGACGCGUUCUUCACCGGAGAGAAAAUGAGCGACAUUUACGUGAAAGGGUGGCUGAAGGGCCAGGAGGACACUCAGUGCACCGACAUCCACUACCGGUCGCUGACGGGCGAAGGCAACUUCAACUGGCGCUUCGUCUUUCCCUUCGACUACCUGCCAGCCGAGGAGAAGAUCGUCAUUUCGCGGAAGGAGUCGCUGUUCUCGUGGGACGAGACCGAGUGCAAGAUCCCGGCGCGACUCGAGCUCCAGGUCUGGGACGCCGACCACUUCUCGGCCGACGACUUCCUCGGCGCCAUCACGCUGGACCUGAACCGGUUUCCGCGCGGCGCCAAGUCCUCCAAGCUCUGCAGCCUCAACAUGCUCAAGGCAGAGGCCAACGUGCCAAUCAUCUCGCUCUUCAAGCAGCGGCGAGUCAAGGGGUGGUGGCCUUUCUUCGUCAAGAAGGAGAACGACGAGAUGGUGCUCACGGGGAAAGUGGAAGCUGAACUGCACCUGCUCACGAAGGAGGAGGCCGAGAGAAACCCUGCUGGCCUCGGAAGAAACGAGCCGGACCCGCUGGACAAGCCGAACCGACCCGACUCGUCGUUCAUAUGGUUCCUGAACCCGCUGAAGUCUAUCCGCUACAUCGUGUGGCACCAGUACAAGUGGGUCAUCAUCAAAGCCAUCAUCGCCAUUCUGCUCAUUCUCCUGCUAGCCCUCUUCUUCUACUCCGUGCCCGGGUACACCGUCAAGCGCAUGAUCGGGGCCUGAAGACGGGCGGCGCCUUCCUUCACGCUUGUCCCAGCCUGCUUCCAGUUCGAUCGACCCUCGAACUUUACUGUAUACUUACCCCCAUAUUCUCAAACGAUCCUCCCCAAAAUGCUUCACCUCGACUCAGUGACGACCAUGAUUUAUAGCUAUGCCCUGUGCGUAGGGCAGGUAUUUGGGAACGCCCUAACCAUUGAAACAUAAAAAAAAUAAACGAGAAAACCUAACCUAUGCAGUGUGUCCACAGCUGACAGAAGAAACGGCACAGUCCCAGCCGGCGUGUUGUCGCCUCACCACCUCGCCGCUCGCCACAAUCCCGUUAUAUUCUUUCCUUCGAUAUGCGGACUGCCAUGAAGACCCCUGUAUCACGUGGAAGUGGUUCUUCUAUAGUAUGUUCCUGAAAAGCCCGCCUUUUCUUUGUAUGGCGCCGUGCGCAAAUGCAGUUGUCAGUGCAAAUUAAACAACGUAUCGUUAUUUAGUUCAACUCACGCGGUGGCUUUGGCAGCCCCCAACCCAGGGACCACCCCUGGUUCCAGCUUUGAUCACCGCGCUACCCCUUGGGUGCCCUGGAGAUGUGCUGCGCCACCUCAUCUAAGAUGAUAUCAGGUGCACUCUGAGGCCUCCGUUUGCCGGUAUUAUUUUUU